GCGCAUGUUCCCCACCUUCCAGGUGAAGAUAUUCGGGAUGGACCCUAUGGCUGACUAUAUGCUCCUCAUGGAUUUUGUCCCCGUGGAUGACAAACGAUACCGGUACGCCUUCCACAGCUCCUCCUGGCUGGUGGCCGGCAAAGCCGACCCCGCCACCCCCGGGCGGGUGCACUACCACCCGGACUCCCCGGCGAAAGGGGCGCAGUGGAUGAAACAGAUCGUCUCCUUCGACAAGCUCAAACUGACCAACAAUUUGCUGGAUGACAACGGGCAUAUCAUUUUGAACUCCAUGCACAGAUACCAGCCGCGCUUUCACGUGGUCUAUGUGGACCCUCGGAAAGACAGCGAGAAAUACGCGGAGGAGAACUUCAAAACCUUUGUCUUCGAGGAGACGCGCUUCACGGCCGUGACCGCCUACCAGAACCACAGGGUGAGGCGGCAGCGGGGCCCGGGGCAACGAAAAAGGCGGGUUGGGGUCGCUCCGGAGGUACCAGUGGCGCGGACGCGCCUGGCGCUGGUUUCGCCCCUUCUCUCGGCUGCGGGUAUCCGGGGGUACUCCCGCCUCCUCUUCCCCAUCUGCUAA